UCAACUUAGCCGGCCGAAACGAAAACGUGUUUUUAUUUUGAAAAUAUUAAAUAAAACAUGGAUCAAAAAGCAAUCGUAAAGUUAUGUAAAGAACUAGGAUGUUGUGACGCGUGUGCCCUCCGCUACAUAGGACUGAAAAACCCUACAGCUUACGAGAAUUCGCCACAAUUUAUACUUAAAUACCUAGACCAAGAUCACCACGCAAACAGCCAAACACAAGGCACAGAUAAUCCAUCAGAUACAACCUCUACCGUACCUGAAGAAAAUGGUUCAGAUAAUGGGCACACUCCACCGAGUAAAAGAAGGAAGGUGGAUACGUGCAUCAGCUGUAUCGGAGUGCUGCAGCCGUGGUCGUGGGAUCAGUGCUGUGAGAUGGUCAAAGAACAACUUGAUAAGAAACGCUACGUCUGCCCCACAUUCGCGUGCGCGCUGUCGGCGCCGCUGGCUACCCUGCUACGGGAGAAGCACGUCACCCUCACACUGAGCAACGCACACCCCGAGUACGACCCAAGAGUGGUGACGCCUCUAAAAGAAGCGUGGAAGUGGUCAUUCGGCGAGCACCUGUCUCGCUACAUCGCGCGGCCGCUACACUCGGGCGCCGUGUGUCCUCUGCUCAUCACCGUCACCAUGGACUACCCUGACGACCUGCAGGAGCUGGAGGUCCUGAAGACCCUGGCCGCGCCGCUGUUCGAGUCCCGCAGCAAACAGAAGAAGCGGUUCACUGUCGAGCUCACCAGACGCUCCGUGGAACAGGCCCUCGCCGACGUGUCCCUGCCGUCGCUGGCUGCGUGCUGGCGCCCCCCGCCCACCGCCGGCACGCUGUCGUGCGCCAGCGUCAUGUGCGCGCAUGCGCCCGUCUACCUCGCCGGGCGGUAUAUCAAGCUGUCUCGCUCGUUGCCGCAGACGCCGUGGCUGGUGGGCGGCGUGCGCAUGAUGGAGUCAUCAGUGCAGGAGAUCAUCUUCCAACCCAUAGCGGACCUGUACCAGAUGUCUCCGGAGGACGCCGAGCACCGGCUCAAGUUCAUAUCGGCGGGACGUGAGGACGUGGACGUCCGCUGUCUGGGGGACGGACGCCCGUUCGCUGUUGAGAUAGCCGACCCUCCCCGGCAGCUGAGCGCGGAGGAGCUGCAGCGGGCGUGUGAUGAGAUGGCGCGCGGCGGGCGCGUGCGCGUCGCGAGGCUGGUGCGCGCCACCAGGGAGGACCUGGCGCUGCUCAAGAAGGGCGAGGAGUUCAAAACCAAGACGUACGAGGCGCUCUGCGUGAAGCUGACACACUCCGACUAUGACGAGAACAAGGAAGGCCCACCGACCGUCUCGGAGCGCGACAUAGCCAACAUCAACACGUACCGCACCACACCGGAAGACUGCGAGGCUCGCGUCGUACUGCGACAGAAGACGCCCAUCAGGGUGCUGCACAGGAGACCGCUGCUUGACAGGACCAGGAGUAUACUGCAGCUGAGCGCGCGGCUCGUGCCUGGUCACCCUUCGCUGUUCGUGGUACGAGUUUCCACGGAGGCAGGGACCUACAUCAAGGAGUGGGUGAACGGGGAGCUGCGACGCAGCCGCCCACCGCUCGGCGCCGCCAUAGCUGCUAGAGUGGACAUACUGGCUCUUGACGUGGCCACUGUGCAUCUCGACUGGCCCCCGGCACCGUCCAUUGAUAAUAAAAAACUAUAA